AUGGCUACCCCCCCAUUCACAAUUCUCAUCCUUGGGGGCGGCAUUGCAGGCGUUGCCGCUGCUCUUGCGCUCUCCCAAAAUCUCACGCCCCUGGUCCCCGAACUAAAAAUCUCCGUCUAUGAACUCCGCGAUAUCCCGUCAACUUCUGGCGGCGCAAUCAACCUCACUCCCGUCGCCCAUAGACAUCUCGAUCAAUUAGGUGUGCUGGAUGAGCUACGCAAAAUGGGCCCCGAAGGCGGCAUUGAAGUAGACGAGAUAGAAGUCUUCUCCUCGCAGAGUGGUAGAAAAAUGGGAGGUGUUGAUUUUGCGGGCAAGGAUGGCAAGGGAUACGGCGGGUACAAGGGUCGUCGGCUCAUGCGCAUAUGUCUUCAACUCGCCAUGAUAGCCGCCCUCUCGAAACUGGAGAAUGUUGAGAUGGUGUUCGGCAAAAAGGUAGUGGGGGGCAUCGAGACUGACAAGUGCGUGACUAUUUAUUUCGAGGACGGCACUUUUGCGAGGGGGGACCUGGCGUUGGGCUGUGACGGUGUACAUUCGGCUACGAGGAUGAAAAUCGUUGAUCCCGAGAGGCGGUCGGAAUAUACGGGUAUUUCGUUCAUUCAGGCUACCAUGAAAGCGGACACGAUACGGUCACCCACGCACUUCAAGGUUACCGCUCUAAAUAGAUCGAGACAUGGGGCGUUGAUGACAACCUAUUGCGAUGCUAAUAAGGAAGAUAUCUUUGUGGCGGCAUUGGCAGAAGUUGACGAGGAUCGAUUGACCUCUGAGAUCUGCAAAUAUCAGGCAGCGGAGUCGUGGAAGACAAAAACCACUGCAAUUAUGAUUCUGAGGGAAGACAUUCGGAAUCGUUUUGGAAACUCGGGAAUUCCGUGCGUUCGGGAGAUUGCGGACAAGUGCUGGGACUGGUUCCUAUAUCCAGUGUAUCAAAUACGUCCUGGAGGGAAAUGGCAUACGGCUAGGAUUAUGUUAAUAGGUGAUGCUGCUCACGCUAUGCCCCCUAAGGACGAAUCAGCCGCUUAUGCCCUGGACGAUGCCAUUCUCUUCGCCCGAGUCCUGGCUCUAUACAUCAACGAACCUUCCUUCGAAGCCUUCAACGUCUAUGAAUCCCUCCGUCGCAAAAUCAUCGACGAUGCGUAUAAAUCUGCCUCUGAAAACUGGUCCCAUAACAAAGACAGUAGCCGUUUUGCGAACAAGGUCGAGGAAUGGCUCACACCUUGGAAUUUGAUGCGGGAGAAAAAGAAGAAUGCGACAGCGUGGAUGUUUGAUGCCAUGACUGUGGAUAUUCCGGUCCCGAGAAGGUCGUUUCGGUCUACAGCCCAAUGA